AUGGAGAAGGCGGACGCUUUCGAGGCUCGAGUUGUUUUGGAGAACGGAGCGUACUUCGCCUACCAAAGUCCUUCAAAGUCCACGUGCAUCCAGCUUUCCGACUGUCCGAACUGGCAGGCUGCCAAGUCCGUCGGGUGGCGCAACCUCCCCGCGCACUGGUACAUCAACUUCUUCCAGAGCGACAACUGCGUCGGCAACGAUGGCGACGUGUUCUCGGUUGCUCGUAAUAGAGCAAUUGAUGGCGUGCACACCUUCAGCUCACCCCGCGGAAUCAAGUCGAUCUACGCCCGGCCGUCCAACGGGAAAAUAUCGUGGAGUGUGGCUCGCAAGUGCGUCCAGCUUCGGCAGCCUGUCAAGCGAGCUGAGCUGACGCUUACCGAUGGAAGUGGGGCCAACAGCUCUGGCGUCGUUCUAUCUGACUUCCGCGAAGACAUCUCCUUGAAUUGGUUUGAGCCGGUCAUUGCGGGCUAG